AUGAGUCAAAAUUUGUUUUUACGAAUUGCCAAUGCCGUUGAAGAUCAUGACAACUACUUUGUGCAACGGAGAGAUAGAAUUGGAAGGGCAGGCUUGUCUACUUUACAAAAACUAACAACAGCCUUUCGAAUUUUGGCUUAUGGAGUACCCGCGGAUGCAACAGAUGAAUACAUACAAAUUGGAGAAUCAAUUGCAAUUGAAAGUUUGAAGAGAUUUUACCGAGCAAUUGUAGAGGUCUUCGGGGAGCGCUAUCUAAGAGCACCUGAUGCUAAUGAUGUGGCAAGGUUGCUUCAAAUUGGCGAGAGUCGUGGUUUUCCAAUGAUGCUUGGGAGUUUAGAUUGGUCGAAUAAUGACAUUAAUAUGUUGGAGGCAUCUCAUUUGUUUGCAAACCUUGCAAAUGGUAUAUCACCUCCAUCUCAUUAUGUUAUUCAAGAAAAAGAGUACCAUACGGGAUAUUAUUUAGCUGAUGGUAUAUACCCGAAAUGGUCAACCUUGUACAAACUAUUCAUGAACCUCGAGGGCUAA